CACCUGACGUUGUCGUCACAAACUCGUCGAUGAUCACCACCUCCCCUCUCGCCGAGCAACUCUCUUCCAGAAUUCUUCCCUGCUCUUCCCUCUGCGUUUUUGUCUUUUCGCGCUGCAAGUGAACCUCGGAUCGAAGCGGAAGCGUGCGCUUUUGCUUUCGCCAGCGGUUGGCGGAUGGCUCCAAGAGCAUUUUCUAAUCUAUACCCGGCCGCAACUACACGCACACACACACACGCACACACACGCACGCACACGCACGCACACACACGCACACACACACACACACACAGCGCGCACACACACACGCGCGCGUAGGACGUGAGUGUGCGCAAGGGUAAGUCCGUGCGCCAUAGGCGAGCAAACAAACAUGGACGAGCUGGUGCUGAGACUCGCUUUGGUCGCUGUGCUAUCCUCUGGUGCUUUCGGUGACACCACGGCACCUCAAUCGGGUUUUUCAAGCGGGGUCACGUUCAGUCGGCACCCGAGCAACCAGACGGUCUCUCAGGGCAAUGCCGUCCGUCUGGGCUGCGCCGUGGAUGGUGUGGAGGAGCCGGACGUGGUUUGGAUGAAGGACGGCGCUCGGCUCCUCAGCAGCGACCAGAUGUUCAUUGCCCUCGGUGAGAAACACUGGGAGACCUACCACAGUGCGAAGUCGGUCCAGCAGCAGGAUGCGGGUCAGUACUGGUGCGAGGUGGAGUUCAGCGGUCAGACAUUGUCGUCGGAACGAGGCUGGAUCACAGUCGAAGGUGUCCCCUACUUUGUUCAAGAGCCUCAGGAUGUGGCCACGCUCCCCGGCGAGCCCUUCAACCUGACCUGCGGUGCUGUCGGGCCACCCGAGCCCGUGGAAGUUCUGUGGUGGCUGGGAGGCGUCCAAGAGGGAGGCGCCACUCCGUCCCCCUCCAUCCUUCGGGUCCUGGGUGUCAACAACACGCUCAAGUUCUACUGCGAGGCCCGUAAUUCCCGGGGGAUCUCCGUUUCCAGAACCGGAAUGGUCAACAUCAAAGUGUUGCCGGCAGCUCCCGCCGGACUCGAGGUUGCCAAGAUGGGUCAGAGCGAUGCCUUGUUGUCAUGGCAACCAGGAUUCAAAGGUCACUCUGAGUUGUCCGCCUGCAUUGUUCAGCUCCAACGGUUGACUCUCGGCCGUGUCGUCAUGCCCGAGUGGUCGGUGGCCGUCCCUCCUCACAGUCACGUCCUGACCGGUCUGACCCACCACUCAAACUACAGCGCACGUGUCUCCUGUCUCAACGAGGUGGGGCCGUCACCCUUCUCCCCCUGGACGCACUUCCUCACGUCCGAGUCAGUACCCUCCGUGGCCCCUGGGAACUUGACCUUUAAGUUGUCGGAACGGCAGCUGAGCCUCAGGUGGGCGGAGCUUCGGGAGGAGGAGCUUCAGGGACAGCUGCUAGCCUACAAGCUGCAAUGGAUCCUGGGAGGGGAGCGACAGGAGCCGCUCCUGUUCAAGGAGCCCAGGGCCAGGCUUACAGGCGGCGGUCGCCUCUUCAACGCGUCCGUCCAGGUGUCGGCCUGCACAGCUGCGGGAUGCGGACCCUGGAGCCCGCCCGUUGUGGUCCUGCCCACUUUGGGUGCCUUUGAGCAUGCAGACGGCUGGGCAGUGUCCGCAAGCGCCCCCACGGAGCGGAACCACAUCUGGGUGGGCGUCCUGUUCGCCCUUCUGGCGCUGACAGUCUUGGCGCUGCUUUUUUCAGUCUUUGCUCGGCGACGCAGGAAGGAAACGCAAUUUGGUUGGGUUUUCUCCCCCACCGGCACUGACACGCCGGUCUCCUUCACGGCUCCUCGCUCCUUCAACCGAAACGCCGGCGACAUGCAAGUUUCAACAUUGGAUAGUCUGGGUAUUAGCGAGGAGCUCAACAACAAACUGAAGGACGUUCUUAUCCCAGAGAGGCUGCUUGUACUCGGCCACAUGCUGGGCAAAGGUGAGUUUGGCUCGGUGCGUGAGGCCUUCCUGAAGAAAGACGACUGCCAGGUCCAGAAGGUAGCAGUCAAGGUUCUGAGAGCUGACAUCACCGCGUCAGGUGACAUCGAGCAGUGCCUGAAGGAGGCGGCCUACAUGAAGGACUUCCACCACCCCAACGUCAUCCAGCUCAUUGGAGUAAGUUUGCAGCGGCGUCAUGCUCAGCGUUUGCCCGUCCCAAUGGUGGUCUUGCCCUUCAUGAAGCAUGGAGACCUGCACACAUUCCUGCUCCUGUCCAGGCUCGGUGACCAGCCCUUUGACUUGUCGGCGCACAUGCUGGUUCAGUUCACGUUGGACGUGGCGAGGGGGAUGGAAUACCUGAGCGGUCAUAAUAUCAUCCACAGAGAUCUGGCGGCCCGGAACUGCAUACUGGAUGAGAACAUGGUUGUGUGCGUCGCAGACUUUGGUCUCUCCAAGAAGAUCUACUCAGGAGACUAUUACCGGCAGGGAUCCGUCUCCAAGCUCCCCGUCAAGUGGAUCGCGUUGGAAAGCUUGGCCGACAACGUCUACACCACGCAGAGCGACGUGUGGGCCUUUGGCGUCACCAUGUGGGAAGUGAUGACCCGCGGCCAGAUGCCGUAUCCCGGCGUGGAGAACUCUGAGAUCUACGAGUACCUGAUACGAGGAGAGCGCCUCAAGAAACCUGCCGAGUGCAGACAAGACAUUUACGACGUGAUGCACAGCUGUUGGAGUCCAGUCCCCAAAUGUCGGCCAACGUUCCAACGUCUGGUGGUAUUGCUGGAGGAGCUGUGGCUUAGUUUUUCACCCGGCGUCCCGUGCAAGGAGUCCUUACAUUACGUCAACGUGAAGGGAGAAGGCCAAGAGGGCAGGGGGGCCAGCGGGGCAGACGGCGCACGAGAGGUUGACGGCUUGAGCGUCCCCUGGAAGCGGGACGCUAAGGACGAGGAGCAGGACUGGCUGAUGGUGGCGUCUGGGGCCGCGCUGGCUAUCGGAGGCAGCGCAGACUACAGGUACAUUGUGGACCCCUGUGGAGGGGGGCAGGGGCCAGGCGUGGACAAUCUGGAAGAGGACGACGACGCCGUUGUUCACGUAUGAACUGACCGAAUGGGACUCGAGACACGUAGCGAACACUUGAGUUUUGCACACUUUCUUUGGCACUUUUUUACUUGCUUGUUAAUUUGAAUGAAUGAGACUCGUUAAAAACUUUAAUUUCUAACAGCUUCGUAUGCAGGGUUACUGACGUCAAACACAACAAAACCAGGCCGAUGAUUUGCAGUGCUAAGCUCGUCGUUGACGUCAAGUGAGGCCAGCGGUGGCUUAACGAGGCUGCGUUUGUCGCCACUUUUAAAGAACCUACUCUCCCCUGCGACGUGCUAGCUUUCCAACUUUUAGCUCUCUGAGAGGUUUUUAAUAGAGCUACAAUCUAAAGGCCGUCUUAAUUGACAAGAUUUUCUUUUCAGUUUGCUUUGAUUGUGUGUACUAGUUGACAGUCAACCUCUCUCAUGUGCUGAUUUGCAGAAAUGUUUAUAGACGACAAAAUAGUUUGCUGCUGUGCACAUUGGUGCUGUGCACAAUGCACUCACUCGUUCCAUUGGGCAAUUUGUGGACCCAGAUGAGAUGAUGCAACAUCAACGGAACUGCCAUUUUGUUGUUAGCGCUAGUCCUCACAGUUACAGUUACAGACUAGCUUGCGGGGGAAAUGGCAGUUGGGGAGAAAACCUGCUUCGUAGUAAGAAAGCCGAUUUCCUACUAGUCAGAGGAGGAUAACACAAAGGUAUCCAUGAUCAAGCAAGGACACAAGCACCAGUUAACUUUGCGCUAAAAAAUACGGAUUAACGUUGGACCAAAAUAACUAGUUCAGGAAAUUGAUCGAUGGGAUCUGCUAUUGGCCAGUGUAUGGCGAGGGGAUUAUAGAGAUUAAAUUAUUUAGGGUGA